CUUUCGCAACCAUACUGCAGUCAAUUCACGCAGACGAAGAACAAUGGACAAGCUGAAGAAGUUGUUUGGCGGCCACAAGGACCAGUCGACCAGUUCGACCCCUGCCUCUUCUUCCGCACAAUCUGCGCCCAUAGCCCCUGGCGACCAUGUCGAAGGCGCUAACAGCGUUGUCCUCCACACCACGCUAGGCGAUAUCACCAUCAAGUUGUUCUCUGACCAAACUCCACGAACCUGCAAGAACUUCGCCACUUUGGCUAAGACUGGCAAAUAUGACAACGUCAUCUUUCACAGGAUUAUUUCAGGCUUCAUGAUUCAAGGCGGUGAUCCCACUGGCACUGGUCGCGGAGGCACAUCGAUCUAUGGCGAGAAGUUCGAGGACGAGUUUGUGCCUUCUCUCAAGCAUACCAAGAAGGGCACUCUCUCCAUGGCCAAUGCCGGACCCAACACGAAUGGCAGUCAGUUCUUCAUUACCUUGGGCCCGACUCCACAUUUGAAUGGCAAGCACACUGUUUUCGGCGAGGUCGUUCAAGGCAUGGAUGUUGUUGACAAGCUUGGUGCUGUCGCGACUGAUUCUGGUGAUCGACCAAAGAGCGAGGUCAAGAUCAACAGCUGCGAUGUUCUUUAAUAAGAUCACUCUGCGCGUGAGCAAAGUUUUUGUCGAAAUGAUACUCGAUUGGUGAGCAGGUGUCUCUUGGAUCAUCUUACGUUUCAUGAUUUCACAGCGUGGGUGCAGAGCAAAUUCGAAGCGACGGAAUACGAUAUCUCAAAGCAGCGAUGUUUGAACGUUGGAAUUUCGACCCAUG